GCGGCGAGCCCAGAGCCGGAGCCCGAGACUCCAGACUCGUAGCCUCUGUCCCAUGGCCGGGUCCCCACGCCGCGCCGCGGGCCGGCGACUGCUGCUGCCCCUGCUGUGCCUCCUCGUCCAGGUCGCCACCGCCAUCCUCUUUGCGGUUUUUGUCCGCUACGACCACGAAACCGACCCUGCCCUCUGGCACUGGGGCAACCACAGUAACGCGGACAAUGAAUUUUACUUUCGCUACCCAAGCUUCCAGGACGUGCACACCAUGGUGUUCGUGGGCUUCGGCUUCCUCAUGGCCUUCCUGCAGCGCUACGGCUUCAGCAGCGUGGGCUUCACCUUCCUCCUGGCCGCCUUGGCCCUGCAGUGGUCCACGCUCGUCCAGGGCUUCCUGCACUCAUUCCACGAUGGCCACAUCCAUGUAGGCGUGGAAAGCAUGAUCAAUGCUGACUUCUGUGCGGGCGCCGUGCUCAUCUCUUUUGGGGCUGUCCUGGGCAAGACGGGGCCCGCCCAGCUGCUGCUCAUGGCGCUGCUGGAGGUGGCCCUGUUUGGCAUCAACGAGUUUGUGCUGCUUAGUCUCCUGGGGGUGAGGGAUGCAGGAGGCUCCAUGACCAUCCACACCUUCGGCGCCUACUUCGGGCUGGUCCUGUCGCGGGUCCUCUACAGGCCGCAGCUGGAGAAGAGCAAACAUCGCCAGGGCUCCAUCUACCAUUCCGACCUCUUUGCCAUGAUUGGGACCAUCUUCCUGUGGAUCUUCUGGCCUAGUUUCAACUCUGCACCCACCACGCUGGGGGACGGGCAGCACCGCACGGCCCUCAACACGUACUACUCCCUGAGCGCCAGCACCCUCAGCACCUUCGCCCUGUCAGCCCUUGUCGGGGGGGAUGGGCGGCUGGACAUGGUCCACAUCCAGAAUGCAGCACUGGCCGGAGGGGUUGUGGUGGGGACAUCAAGUGAAAUGAUGCUGACACCCUUUGGGGCUCUGGCAGCUGGCUUCCUGGCUGGCACUGUCUCCACGCUGGGGUACAAGUUCUUCACGCCCGUCCUUGAGUCAAAAUUCAAAGUUCAAGACACGUGUGGCGUCCAUAACCUCCAUGGGAUGCCUGGGGUCCUGGGAGCCCUUCUGGGGGUCCUAGUGGCUGGGCUGGCCACCCAUGAAGCUUACGGAGAUGGCCUACAGAGCGUGUUUCCACUCAUAGCUGAGGGCCAGCGCAGUGCCAGAUCUCAGGCCAUAUACCAGCUCUUCGGGCUCUUUGUCACACUGAUGUUUGCCUCUGUGGGUGGGAGCCUUGGAGGGCUCCUCCUGAGGCUGCCCUUCCUGGAUGCCCCCCCAGACUCCCAGUGUUACGAGGACCAGAUGUACUGGGAGGUGCCCCAGGAGCAAGAGGAUGAAGCCCAGGGACCUCUGAGGGCGGAGGAACUGGACACUCAGGCCUAACAUGCUUCCAGCCCUGGAGAGGAUGCUCCCCUUUUAGAAGAUGAACACUGGCGACCAUUGGGAACCCCUUUUCUAGUUCCCAUCCCUCCUGCUGUGGGAAGAAGUCACCAGCCAGAAGGAGCCUCCUUUCCAUAGGCAGCUCUGGGAGAAGCUGGCAGAGCAGGGCUGUAACUGACCUUGGUGGGCAGGGCGGGAGGACCUCCCAGCAGCCUCACUGCCACUCACCCCCCACCCCCACGCCCCAUCUACAAGUGAGGCACCGAGUGACGGCUGACUCCCUGGUCCAGUGUCACAUAGCCACAGGGCGAGCCAGGGCGAUAAACCCCACUGUCACCAAGGACUCUGCAUUUGUGUGUGUGUGCUGGGAACUCGGGAAGUUUCUUUCACCCUCUAACCCAUGGCAUUAGAACCUCAGGGUGGGGACAUCCCUCCUCCCUGGGUCUGUGGAGCUCUCACAAGGAUGCUGUGUUCUACCAGGUGGGUUACUAGCCUGGGCUUGCCUGCCUGGAGACAGGGAGCUCACUCUCUCCCAGAAAGCCUGUGUCUGUUAUGAGACAGCUUGGGCUGCUGCAAAGUUCUUCCUAUUCCAGAGCCACUGCUGUCCUGACCCUCAACUUGGGUGGUUUCUAAGCAGAGUGGGAAGAGGGCCCCCGCAGGACCUGAGUGGCAUAAGGAGUUCUUUGCCACUGAUUCCUCAGAGGCUGGAAGCAGCCAGCGCCCAGGCACCACCUUUUAUCCCUGUCCCGAGUCUGAGGCGUGGUCCAGCCCCAGAGAGUUAGCUCCGGAAAAGGAUGGGGGAAGGACAGGCCCAGGGCCUCCAACGGCCUCAAGUCAUCUGGCCACCAGAGGGCACUCCAGACCCAGCAGAGAAAGAUGUGGCUUUUCUGCGGUUCCAGCCUCUAUCAAGAAUGCAAGUCCUGGGGG